AUGAUGAUAAUUAAACCUUCUAUCUUAUUUCUGGCAUUUGUAACUGUUGUACACACUCUACAAAAUCCACUCAUUUCUGCACCUUUCGACAAUUUUCGAAUCGAAUGCGCCAAAUCCUCAGGUGCCGUAAGAAUCAGUGCACGAAUGGUUGGAUCACAAGGUUUCAUCCGGCACGAUAUCGUUCUCGCAAUUGUUUGCGAGCGAGUCGAUGAGCUAUAUCCAUGGCAUAAUGUUCCCACAGGCAUUGCGGAAUUGGAACGAGAAGACUGCUAUUAUAGCCAUUUGUUUGAUCCAAUUGUGGACACAGAAUCACUGUAUACAUGUCGACCGCGAGAAUACAUAUCUGGGAUUACCAGGCUAUCGGACACUAGGGUACAAGUGCUGUGUUGCCGUUUACGAACACGAGAUGAAACGAACUGUAAAGAGAAAGAGUUCGCUAAACCAAUUGGAUCUGACCCCCGGACGGAAGUAUAUCAUCGCAAUCAGCUUAUCAAUUCCAUUGCUGUCGAAGGGAAUAAUUACAGAGUGCGAUUCUGCGAUCUUACUCCAAGAGCUAUCGGCCUAAUCUACGAUGACUUACUUGUGACAGCUGCUAUCACCACCGAAAUUCCAAAGAAUGAAGAACGUCAUUCUUCAAAAACAGAGAGUAACAUGAUGAAUACGGCAGCGAUCGAAAAUAAAGCACACAUUAUGAACGGCUUAUUUGGACAUCUGACAUCACAAGCUACAACGGUACCAUCAUCAGCAACCAAAUACGUUAUCCAAAUAUUUCGACCGAGUUCCUUGUACAAUUUUGAAAAAGACCAGAAAAAGCGAAAUAUGAGUACCCUUUCACCAUCUAAGAACAAUCAUUCUCAAGACAUCAAGUCAUCACUGGAGGUGCAACGAACGUCUGGAGCAAAAUUUUCAACCAUUAUGAAUACAGUUGUCAAAGACGGGGAUCGAAGUGUUGAUUGGAUGACCGAUGGAAUAAACAAGCAAAACUCCAUAGUACCCACCGUUUCUUUCAUUCCAACAAGCGCUUCGCAGCAGUUCCAGAAUCAUUCUGCUGCUUCCAAAGAAGUCAUUUCAAGUGAUCGUAGUCGAACAACAGCAAAGUUGUCUUACAUUGAUAUUUCUUCACCGCAAACCACAACUUCUGCAUCACUAAUUCUUUUGAAACCUUUGAGUUCUAAAGCACAGCAAACUGAAGUCACAUCAAGAAAUAAACAGCUUACAACAAAGACAAGUACAAGGCGACGGAUGAAAGAAACGUCGAUUCCGACCAUUUCCCCUACUUCGUUUAUGACUAUGUCCAAAUUAAAAACAAUACCAACCCGUCUCAAAGAAUUUGAGCAUGCAGCAGAAAGCCAUUCUUUAUCUAGUAGUCAAUUGCACCGUGAUCCUUCUAGUGGGCCACACGUCGAUGAAGAAACCAAGUUUUCUCCAUUCGACAACAGAGAGAAUAAUCCUUUACAUAAUAAUAAGGCUUUUGGAUCAGAUUAUUCGCUUUCUCUUACCUCAGCUAGUCCUCUCGAUAUGACUACAUCAGUAGAAAGCGGUGGCUUUUCAUAUAAAAUUUCAAACGAAAUUCGUCGUGCUCCAAUUAAAUCACACGUUGGUGUGGAAUACACCGAAUAUGAUCUCCCAAUAAAAAAAUCUGCUGAUGGUAGUCGUAUAUAUGUGCCAGAAAAUCAUGAACCACUGAACGCUCCAUCAGCGACAAUCAUAUAUGAUGCAGGUAAGAAGAAUAAUGUUUCUGGAAGUGAGAAGAAGAAGAAAAAGAAAGUUCAGCAACGUAUUCAGGAAACCGAAUUAAAAGAUGAUAUCAGCAAGAAAUUGUUGCCAAUGAAUGAUGAUAAGAUUAAUUUAAUCCCAACGGAUACGUACAAUUUAUCUUCUGUGAAACCACUCUCCACAGUAUCAAGUGAACAAGAUGAUUUGAAAUUUCCUGCAACGAACUUUAAUCAUACUGAAAAGACUUUAGAAAAUGCUUAUAAUCCAGCGAAAUUCUAUCGUACACCACCGCCGAAACGGCGAACUCAAACAGAAAAAGUAUUAACCUUCUGCACAAAAGAGAUAGCAAUUCGUGAUCGAUACAAUUUAGUGAUUGCUUGUGGUAGUGAAACGGAAAUUUGGCAACCAUUUCGAUGUCCAGAAGGAAGUGAAUGCUUCUUUUCAGCUGAUUCCAGUUAUCGGAUCUGUUGUGCUGUAGCUGAAGCUGUUCAUUACGCUCAAUGA